CAUUUCACGAGGAUUUACUUAAAGGUGUAGGUAGAGCUUGUAUAACCUGUCCCUUUAAAUUCUCGGAGUGUGAGAUGGGUGGUGCGUCUCUUUAACCUUGCUGAAGGGCGCAGCUGUAUUUAUUGACGUAUGUAAAUUGACUUAGGGGUGGUCCUAGAAAAAAAACAGGAACAAGAAUCAGUUUCACAUAGCAGUCUGGAGUUCCGGUGAAACGGAAAAAGAGACGUGGCGAAUAUUGGUGAAUAUCUGUGUCCUCCAAGCACAUCAUCCAUUCACAUCUGAAGGGAACGGAGGCGUCUGGAAAGGCUCAGCAAACCAUGCAGGAUGAUUUACUGAUGGACAAAAGCAAAACCCAGCCUCACCACCAGCAACAAGACCCAGCAAACGUAGAUCCCCCGUCCACUCCGACCCCUUCAUCGGAACCCCCCGCAUCGGAGGAGAGCCCUACGAGUGUGAGCAGUCAAGCAGCUCCCGUGCAGAACAACAAAGAGAAAGUGUCCAUGGAGUCGCCGAUCCUGCCCGGUUUGAGCUUUCAGCCGCAGGAACCCGGCGGCACCUCCUUAUCCCCUUCUUUCGGUAGCACUUGGUCUACUGGGACCACGAACGCCGUGGACGAUAGCUUUUUUCAAGGGAUACCCUCGGUCAAUGGGACAAUGCUUUUCCAAAAUUUCCCCCACCACGUCAACCCGGUCUUCGGUGGCAAUUUCUCCCCGCAGAUAGGCUUGGCACAGUCUCAGCAUCAACAGCAGCAAGCCCAGCAGCAGCAGCAGCAGCCGCAACAGAGGAGGUCGCCCGUUAGUCCCAGUCAAGCCCCUUUCCCUCAGAGAAACGCGUACAGCCACCAGACCAUCAUGAACAGCAAAGCAUCGUCGUCUUCUGCUUCAUCGUCCGCUUGGAAUAACCAUCAGAACGCUGCUUGGAGCACCGCUUCUAACCCUUGGAGCGGACUCCAGGCAGGCAGGGACCCGCGGAGAGCGGUGGGGGUCGGAGUUGGGGUGGGGGUCGGUGUUGGGGUCCCAUCACCCCUCAACCCUAUCUCCCCGAUGAAAAAGCCCUAUGCCAGCAACGUUAUUGCACCUCCGAAAUUCCCAAGAGCAGGUCCCCUUACCCCGAAAACCUGGAUGGAGGACAACGCCUUUAGGACGGAUAACAGCAACAAUAUGCUACCCUUUCAGGACCGGAAUCGGCCCUUUGAUGCGUUUAGCUUGCAUUCUUUGGAGAAUUCCUUAAUGGAUAUGAUAAGGACUGACCAUGACAAAGGUAAACCGCAUCCAGCUGGUGGCCCCCCAAUGACUAUCGCUGAUAUAAUGUGGAGGAAUCAUUUUGCAGGGCGCAUGAGUCUUAAUUUUCACCACCCGGGAGCAGAUCAUAUAAUGGCACUCAAUACAGCCAGGAGCUAUGGGCGCAGAAGAGGCCGUUCUUCCCUCUUCCCCUUUGAAGAUGGCUUCUUGGACGAAGGACACGGUGACCAGUCGCUGACUCCUGGCAUGGGCUCUCCCACACGCUGCCAGAAUGGCGAGAGGAUUGAACGUUACUCCAGGAAGGUCUUUGUCGGUGGCCUGCCUCCUGAUAUCGAUGAAGAUGAAAUCACCAACAGUUUCCGGCGCUACGGGCAUCUUGUGGUGGACUGGCCACAUAAAGCUGAAAGCAAGUCCUACUUCCCACCCAAAGGCUAUGCUUUCUUGCUGUUCCAAGAAGAGACUUCUGUACAGGCCCUCAUUGACGCCUGCAUCGAGGAAGACGGCAAGCUCUACCUGUGUGUGUCCAGCCCAACUAUCAAGGACAAACCGGUUCAAAUCCGACCCUGGAACUUGAGCGACAGUGACUUCGUUAUGGACGGCUCCCAGCCCUUAGACCCACGGAAGACCAUCUUUGUGGGUGGGGUCCCCCGGCCCCUUCGUGCAGUGGAGCUGGCAAUGAUCAUGGAUCGCCUAUACGGAGGUGUCUGCUAUGCCGGCAUCGACACAGACCCGGAGCUGAAGUACCCUAAGGGGGCUGGACGUGUGGCCUUCUCCAAUCAGCAGAGUUACAUCGCCGCCAUCAGCGCCCGAUUUGUCCAGCUCCAGCACAAUGACAUUGACAAACGGGUGGAGGUGAAACCCUACGUGUUGGACGACCAGAUGUGUGACGAGUGUCAGGGGGCCCGCUGCGGGGGAAAAUUCGCCCCAUUCUUCUGUGCCAACGUCACAUGCCUGCAGUACUACUGUGAGUACUGCUGGGCCAGCAUCCACUCCCGGGCCGGGCGUGAGUUCCACAAGCCGCUGGUCAAAGAAGGGGGUGACCGUCCACGUCAUGUGUCCUUCCGUUGGAGCUGAGAAGUCAGAGUAGCCCGACUCCUCCUCCAGAGACACCCCGCCAGCACCACCCGCAACCCCACUACCCCCCCGCCCCCCCGGACAGCGCUGUACCCCCUCCCAUCAACCCCCACGCUAACAAUAAUUACAAACCAUGGGUUUUUUUUGUAAUGUAUUAUGAGCUCAUUGUCUACUAUACUCUGAGGGGGUAACUACAAUUAUAAAGUUUUUGUACAUAUUUGCACUCUGGCAUAAAAGGAAAAAAAACACACACAAAUGACACAUCCGACACAUUUGUCCAGCUUAGAACCAGAAAUGAUUUUUCAGCUCCCUUUGUUCUGUGGAUUUGUUUACCCCAUAGGCCACCAUCAGGCUGCAGCCGAAAUGAGACUAUAUAUACAUAUAUAAAUAAUAUAUUUUUUCUUUUAUAUGAGUCUAUAUACAUAUAUAGAUAAUUUAUGUGACUGUAGCAUGCACUUAUUUUCAGAAGUUGUAGUAUAUUGCCCCUAGUAAAAAAUAAAUUACCAAAGGUAAAUUAAAACUCAUAAAUUUAAAAGAAUAACAAAAUAGGUGGCAUACAAUGUAGCAAAUUAAACAAUUAUUCAGUAAUCAGUAGUGUGGGUCAAAAACGCCCAGAUUAGAAAAACACAUCUAUAUUCCCUCUCCGAUUUUAUUUAAAAAAUAUUAAUACCUCAUAAGCUCAAUCAAAUUUUGUUUGCUUUUAAUUUGUUUGGUUAGGUCGAUUUAUUAUUACUAUGAUUAUUAUUUUAGUGUUAUGUAAAUGUAAUGCUGCAAUAGCUUUUGCUGCUAAAUCCAUGGUAUUUACUUAUACCAUAGUACUUUCAGGCUAGGGUGUCUGGGGGAGGGGGGGCAAAUUACAGACAACACAUGCUGCUGACAGUGACAGGAUAGCAUGAAAGGGGCACCUGAAAACACCACGGGGGAGGGGGGGGGGUAGAAAUGGGUGUUUGGGGAUGUAAACAGGGAACCAGAGAUGGGAAUAGCGGUUCCUGACUGUAUGUUUUAUUUCAAUCAACUUUCUGCAUGCAAUAGAAUUUCAAAAACACACCAUUUAUUCUAUUCUACCCACACCACAGAGAUGAGUCACACACGGGGACGCUUGUGCACACGCACACACUGACGCACACUAGUGUGCGCGUGACUACGACGAGAACUUGACACAAUGUGGAGAACUAGUAAGGUAAUCCAGUGAACCUAUAAAAUUUGGCUGACUACCAUCGGGGUGUUUGCUGGACUCCUCUAGUACAGAGAUUAUCAUUACCGGAGAGCAGCCUCAAUAAUUUAUGAAUCUAUUAGAUGUAGGAUAUCCUUAAAAAAAAAAAUCUGAUAGGUGAAGUACUUUUGCAGUGAUUGUUCAUAUAUAAUUGUGCAAUUUUAUACAGUAUAUAGUUAGGUCUGAGUAUGCCUAGAACUGUGAUUCGCUUUAACUGUUGUUGAUGUAUGACAUAGAAGUCCUGUGAAACUUCAUAACCAGUGUACUCACAUCGGGGACACACACAGACACUCAAGCAAGCACACAUGCAUAAACACACUCUCACUCGGUAAAAAGAAAAUGAGCUCGAGUCUGAGAAACACGAAUCAGCUGUCUGUACCAUUGACAUCGCUUAAGAUUUUGUCUACGAAGACCAAAGAGCUCAUGUGAUAAUACUUAAACCACCAACACACUACCGUGACGAAAGCUUGUCUGGUCUGUCAGGCCUCAUGCUUACUGGUCUGUUAGACCCCAUGCUAUCUGAUGAGCUAGGCACAUUUUUUUAUUUUUUAUUUUUUUUUUAAGAAAUCAUUGGAGGAAAGACCAUUGAUGAUGAUGAUGAUGAUGAUGAUGACAGCAAUGAUGAAUAUAAGAGAAAAAAAAUUAAUAUAUAUGCUUAAGAACUGUCUGGAGCAGAGUUGUGAUCUUUACUCUGUUUCCUUGCUAACCAGCACAUAAUGUUCGCACAACUUGACUUUGAGAACAUUGGGAUCCAUCGUUGUCAGAACUUUGUGUGUAUGCUGGUUUCAACCCUGAUUUUCCUGCAAAGCUUGAAGUACAAUUAUGACCUGCUAAAAUGGUGGACCCCUCCCACCUCCCCCCCCCACCAACCCUUUUCUUUGAGAAGGUUGGGGUACAUGACAACGGGGUGGGUUAUUGGGAGUGCAGGGUAUUAGAAAGAAGAAACACAUUGGCUGCUGAACCUAGGUUGUUUAGGACAAGACGGGAAGAUUGGGUUAGGGUUAGGGACCCUCUGGGGGUGGAAAGAGUUAGUUACACUGGUUUUUAGCAGUUCUGUGGACAAUCCGACAGGUUGCUACAACUCCGCAGUUAGAUGUACGCGUCGUAUCCUUUUUCUGUGUGUCGUGAUUGUCCAGUCCAGUGCUCGUCCCUUCUUUAUUUUUAUUUUUUAUUCCUUUGUUGCAAGUGUUUGGUUGAACUACUUCGUUUUUGCAAAAAAAUUAAACGGGGUUUCUGUUCUGGUUUAGAGAAAAGAAACCGUAAAGGCUAAUAAUGAUUAGUGUCCCUCUGAAAGUGAAUUCUGGGCCUUUUUUCUCUCUCAGCCCAGGAAUUUUCUGUUUGUUCAAUCUCCGUAAAAGACACUUGUCGUGCACUUCUCUUUGUAUCCAAACAGUUUUCAGCAGUCAGCUAUUUUUUGUGUUUUGUUUUUUUUAUUUUUAUUUUUAAAAGCGUGCUUUCUGACUGACAUGAUCUUUUGCAAUACCUCAAUUUUGAAAUAUAGGAGAGAAAUUGAUAUUUUCUAAGUAAGUUUAUUCAGAUAAAUAUAUAUAUAUAUAUAUAUUAAUUUAAUUCAGUGAGAAAAUGAUUUAACAGAUGGUUAAUUUUAUUUUUGUCAUGCUUAUUUGCUUUUUAUUUUUUAUUUUUGGAAAAACUGAAGGAGUUAGAGCUUUAUAACUUUAAUAUAAAAUUGUAGUUAGCCGAAGUACAGAGUCUACCUUAUUACAGAGGAAUGCGAUUUGCAGAAAGAAAUUCCCUUCCUGUCUCCCUUCUGUGACAUCAGAGAUCCAUUAAAAAGGACAGAAUGAGAAGUGAACGAGAGAGAGAUUUUCCCCCCAAUGUAUCGUUAGUGACAUCUUGGAGCUCUGAAGAAAAUACUGAGUUCCAAGGAAAAAAAGAACUUUUUCAUGAAAGUAAAAAUCUCCAUUUGGUGCUGAGAAAGAUAAUUGAAGAUACUUCCCUUGUUUUGUAUAUUUAUAACUGAUCAUUUAUUAUGCCGACUAGAAUUGUGAAAGAUAUCUUCUGUUCGUUAUUUUUUUAAGAGAACUUUGUUUCCUAAAAGUGUGUCCUCCCUUUUGUUUUGUAAAACAAUGUACCCUUAUUUGUUGACUUGAUGUUUUGAGGGUCCUUAAAAAGAAGGUGGGGAAGAAAAGAAUGUUAUUUUAAAAACUGAUAUACAAAGUGUUUCAGCUGUAACUUGAUCGAAAGCCCCAAGAUGUAUGAGGUCAGGUGUGGCCUUUACUCACUGAAGACUUGAAUUAGUCCCAUUUUUUUCUUUUCUUUCUUGUUUUUAAGGCUAACAAACCUUGAUUCUUUGUUGUAAUGUGCAAUACUGUUUGUACUGUUUGUAAAAAAGAAAAAACAAGAAAAAGAGGCAUAAAUCUUUAUUGCAAAUUUAUUUUCAUUGCAAGCAUUGUGAUUCACUAAGAUCAUUUUCUACUGUGUAUUUACCUACUCUACGUGCUUAGUACCUUCCAGUAGUAAUGUAGCCUUUGUACUGAGAAAUUUUUCAUUAUUUUUAGAGAUUUUUGCUAAAAAAGAAAAUGAUUAAAACAUAUUUACAUAUUUUUCAUUUUUAUUUCGUAUUUUCUUUACACACUUAUUUCUCAACCAUUAAUAUAGUUAUUUCUGGGGGAGACUUUCAUAUCUGGUCAAUGUCAUUAAUAUUAUUUUGUAUUUUUACUUGGAAUAAAUUAAUUUUAUGAUGCUAAUUCUUUAAAGGUUUAUUUUCGUUGUUCAUUUUAUUUUAUUUUUUUGAAGCGGAAAACCUUUGUAAUAUUACUAAAGUGUCUAGAUUUUUGAAAUGCAAAGCUUUAUGUAUUAACUCGCUGAUGUGGUUUACAUUAGUGUGGCUAUGAUCAAAAAGACAAAAAAAAAAUAAUGAAUGGCUGGUCAUGUAAAGCUAUUGGCGAUGUAACAAACGAUUGGGCAAUAAAAGGAUGAUAGAAAGGAGAAAACACUCAGUAUGGUGUGAUAUUGUGGAAGCAAGACAUCGCGUACUACUGCAUCUGCUGGAGAAAAUAACAUUAGCUAGCCACUGGGGAUGUCACAAUAAUUCUCAGGAAACAUUUGGCCCAAAUAGCAAAUUUCAAUAUUUUUGCAUUUACUUGUUGAGGCUGUAGACCUGGACGGAUACCCACUGGACACAAAAAUGUCAGUUUGCAUCUGUGUGAUUGUAUUUAAGUAUGAAUGUAUUUUUAAGAUUUGAAUAAUUUGGUAGAGGGGAAACAUUUGUCUGCUAGUAUUUUCUUAUUGAAGAAGAGUUCCCUCCAUUUUAACUAUACCGACUCCCACCAAAUCUUCCGUGAUCCAAAGGAUAGGCUGUUCUUGGGGCAAAGUGUCCUGAAAGCUCUUGCACGUUUUGCUAGUAUCCAGUCACUCACAAGUUUGCGGUCUAAACACUCGUCCAGGGGGGUGGGGGGCGGUGUAUGCUGUUAUGAAGUGUUGUGACAUCCCCAAAAUAUGCACGUCAUGAAAAGGAAACCCACAGAUCUGAGAGUGUAAUUUUCUUGCUUGCCUUUUCCUACGAAUUUGUACAGGUGGUCAUUCAGUUAAUUUAUUACUAACCUGACAGUUCCCCUGUUGCUAGGCCAGUGUUGGACUCCUACCACUAAGUGUUUGAGUUUUUACAAAGCAAGUUUUUUACCCUGUCAAAACGCUAUCUUAAACCUAAAGGAUAACUCUUAUGGUCAGAUGAAUAGCCAAGUGUUGCUGACGGUGACCAUUUUCAUCAAGUCCUCUUUAUAAUAAACAUGUCAUGUCACCAUAGAUUUGGAUAGUGUUUAUUCACCCAUGCUGCGUAGACAUUGUAUCUGGGUGCACCUUUGCAUCAUGUUGAAUCUCUGGAAUAUGAUUAAAAAAAUAACAAAACCAACAAAACAAACAAAAAAAAAAAAGCUACUCACUAGUUGUUUUCUUAGACUAACCACUACUUUUAAAUGUACUUUUUAAGAAAAAGGGUUUUUUAAAUUUAUUUUGGGUUUGAUUGCUGGUUAUCAUGAAGACUGAAAUUUGCUGAAUGGGAUCUAUGCUUGUCUGACGCUGCAGUACAACUGUGAUUAAAACAUGGAGCUCAAUGCUGCUAUUGCUUAAAACUGCUUCAAGUUUGUAGUUCAGACUCUCCCUCGCCCCUUUUCUGUACUAAUAAGCAUCUCUUAUUAAACAUAGUUGUAUGAUGCUG